ACAGUACGACUACGGUAAUAAUCGUAAUGCAACAAAUGUCCCCUCCUUCUUGCCAUACUAUAAUUGUCUUUGACAAAGGGCUGCCAUGUCACCUAAGCUGGUGAAAUUUGUGGCAGUCCCUGCGACAGCUGUCUUGGGUAUUGCAUCUUUCCGGGUGCACUAUGCGACGAGAGAACCAAACGUUGAAGGACUACUCACAACACACCAGCUGUCCAUCUAUACAUCACUGCCACAGAAGUUUCAGUAUGUGGAGGAACAACAGGGUGCUCUCCAGAGUAACCUCGGCAUAGCCAGGGGAUGGCUGCAGUCGUACGUGCGAGCUGUCAAGGGUUCUUUACUGUCAGCGAAAGUUAAAGCCGUGAAUCUGUACCACGCCGGAGAAGAUGUCUACCACUACCUUAAGGAUCCCCCUCCAGGGUUUCUGCCUAGAGUGGGAAUCAUCUCAGGGGCAGGUUUGACUGGCUUGGUCCUGGCCAGGAAAGGCUCUCGCCUCAGGAGGCUGCUGCUGCCGCUGGGCCUGGCGUCUCUCGGCGCUGGCAUCUGCUACCCGGCCUCCACGCUGGCACUCCUCAAGGUGACCGGACGGCAGGCCUGGGCAGCGUCCACGUGGAGUGUGUCGGCUGUGAGCUCGCUGUGGAGAAGCGAGCCGCCAGAACACCCCCCUGCACCCCCACCCACCUCCACACCACCUCCUUCAUCACCUCCACCUCCCUCCUCAUCACCUCCACCACCCUCCUCAUCUCCUCCUCCUCAACACCCCUCACAGCCCUCGGAGAGCCCUCCGCCGCCUGUCCUUCCCGCAGGGGACCCCGCCCUCCCGAGCUCCCCCGCCGCCCCGCGGGAUUCUGGGAAGGGGCCCGCCGUACCCACGACGUCCAGGCCUGAGGAACCCGUGCCCCUGCUCCUGCCCCUGGCGCCGCCACCCCCGCUCACUGCCCCGGCCGAGAGCGCCAGAGCUGCCGCUGGGAAGUCAGGCUUCACUACCAAUCCCCAGCUCAUGGACUUCGGCCAGUCAAGCCCAGAGGAUGCUGACCUCUACAGUACACGCGGCUAAACAUGUCCCCAUAUGAACACACACACACACACACACACACACACACACACACACACACACACACACACACAUACACACAUACACACACUCACCAGCCUAUAUAGACAGGCUUUGUCAUAUGAACACACGCACACAUACUCAAACUGACACAAAUGGACUGUGUCUGCUAGUGCCAUACUACAUACACCCCGGACACACACACACACACACACACACACACACACACACACACACACAAAAGUAUACCGACUCAUUACACCACCUACACCCCUCAAUGCCGACACACACAUUAGGUGCUUCAUCUUUAAAUGGUAGAAAAUCUAUGUCCAAAUUUAAAUGGCCUCUUAGGCCGCGCUUGGCAAUCCAUACAGCUCGUUUAAGGCUAUGCAUCCAAAGAUGGGAGAUAAUUGUUGCUUUAAAUACUAAGCCAUACAGUUUUAUAGUGUCAUUUAAUCACAUUAUGCUUAUGAAUGUCCUGUAAGUAUGUGUAAUUUAAACUUGUGGGUAAUGAAGACAUCAUUUUGAGACCACAGGAAGUAUAGUCAUGUGCAUUGUGAAACCAAUGUUCUGUUAUAGUCUUGGGGGUUUGUUUUUUUGUUUUUAACAAAGAAGAAGAAAAAAACACGCACAUAAUGAGAAUUGCACUAAAAUGAGCUUGUACAGGUGCAUUGAUUUCCCCAAAUGGACCUGGGUUAAUGUGUUUGUUAAUGUUUUUGUUGAUGUUAAUUGGCUUCACACUGCAGAUAAAGUAAAGCAAAGAUUAGUUUUAUUUACCUUCCAGAAAAGUGCUUUGAGGCCUCUCCAGUGUGUGUGUGAGUGAGAGAGAGUUUUAAAUAAAGUAUAUUUCUGAUAAAUAUA